GAGAAAUCAACUCAUUCAUUUCAAUAGCUCAGAUCAUUUAAAUCAUUUUAUUAAGUUUUUCAAAUGGCGAUGUCUGCUCUUAAACCACCACCUGUAGAUAUUGAUCCCGAGAUUACCAAGUCGAUUGCGCAUGCUUUGUCGAGUGCUCCUGAUGCUAUUGAACAACUGCGGCUGUUAUUAGUAGACAGUAUUCGGAAAGAUCCUCGUUAUGCAAAUAAGCCGAUCAAUUCUUACCUUGCUACUCCCUUAAUUCAUGGGAGCUAUGUUGAAGACUCAAUCCCAAUAGUUAGCAAACCAAGUCAGCAUGUGGAUAAAGGCAAAAUACUGCCCCCUAAAAUCAAGACUGAAAUUGAGGAUAUCAAGGCGGAACCACCAUCUCCUCCAGCACUCUCUUUACCUGAAGAGCUUUACGUUUCGGAUGGAAAUGACUCGGAUAGCAUGGAUGGCUUGACUCUAGCCCUUGGAAAUGAUAAUAGGUGUAAAGGCUGUGGAGAAAGUAAAUGGGCAUCCAACAACCGUCUGAUAGAAUGUGUCGAAUGUCACGCCUACUAUCACCAAGAGUGUCAUAUUCCUCCUGUUUUAAAGAGUGAUGUCAAUGACCCAAGAUUUGUCUGGUAUUGCAAUGGUUGUUCGCCAUCGAAUUCCUUAUCCAAGUCACAUCCUGUCCCGCUGGGAAUUUCAUCCUCUGGUCCCAGUCUAACAUCAAAAAGUUCCUCUGGAAAAUCGUCUCCUCAUGUGUCUUCGAGGAGUUCUCCUUUACAAUCUUUCUCCAACAAAGGAUCAUCCGGGAGUAAAUCAUCUCACUCGAGCAAAUCCUCUUCUAGCAGCAGCAGUAGUGGAAGUGGUAGCAGCAGUAAUAACAAACUGCCUCAACCGAAAAUCAACCUUAUCACAGCAGACAAGAGGCUGCAGAUCAUGAAGAAGAAAGCAGCAAAAAAGCAAGAGGAGACGCGCAGCAAAAGAAAAACCAAAUGAAGAAUUCUAGAUCCGCAGCUUAGUGAAAGCAUUUGCUUUGAUAAUUUAAAAAAUUCUACAGCCCCAGAAUUGUCAAAUUUCAGGAAAAAUUUUACCAGAUGCCAAUCUAUGAGCGGAUUGAAAUGAAAAUGUAGCCAUUAAACAAACAGAGAAAUUGUGGGAAGAAUGUCAGAAGCUGAUAAUCCAAGUAGCAAUGAGAGCAAUUUUAAGCAAUUUCAUUGACAGUAAUUUCUUGCAGCAUUAUUGUAACAAAAAAUUAUUAUUAAUUGCGUAUUGCGAUGGACUCGUCACCUCAUCCAUGCCAAUUUUUUUUGCUAUCAUUGGUGAAAACUUUGCGAUUAAUUGAGCUACAUUGCACUUAAGAAUGAAUAAGUAUUGAUUUUAUUCAUUGGGUGGAGGGUGGAGUCAUUCAAAUGUUGAUGGUCCUAUUAAAAUCACGAUUAAAGUGACCGUAAAAUUGCAACUUCAUGUCCUCGAAUCACAACGUUCCUUUGCAAAAACACUACUUGAGAAGAGGUAUAUGUGAAUAAAAACCUUUUUUUUCAGUGAAUUUUCUGCCUUCAGUGUCUACUGAGGAUAUUGUGAAUAACUUUGAAUGAACAUUGUGAUAUCAAUGUUAGUAUCGAAAAAUAACUUAAAUUAUCCGAGUAUGAUAUGAAAAAAAAAUGAGGAGUACCAGGGUAAAAUUCUUAAAACGGCCUUAUCAGUAAAAUAAUUUACCUGUGACAGGAAAAGAAGACUGUGUUUAAAGGGUCACUAGUUUACUCAUCAUUACUUCAAAAUCGGGUAUUGAAACAUUUGUGGAGAUAGAAGCUGCAAGCAAGUUUAGUAAGGUCAUCAAAUGACUGAUAAAUGUAACUUUUCCUGUUCAAUACCAAACGGUUGAAUUUUUUGCAGGCAUUUAUUGGAAAUAAAAGUAUACAUGGAGGUUACUAUCAGUAGGAGGUAGUAGAUGGUGUCUAGCAUCAGAAUUUUCCCCAUCAUCCCGAUUCUAACAAGAUUUGAGGUCAAUCCGGAUAUAAUCCCGAUUUUACCAGGAUUUGAGUAAAUUCGGCCGUUCGAUCGGAUUUUUUUUUUCGAGCUAUUUUUGUGAAUUUACAUUACAUUAAUAUUUCUUUGCAAAAAAUCAGGAUUUGAUCAGGAUUUGGAAAAAUUAUGAAAUCUGGAUUUAGCAAUCAAAAAUCAGGAAAAACCAGGAUUUUCCAAAAGGAAAAAACUAGACACCCUGUAGUAGUUUUUUAAUCAAUCAACUAAUAUCAGAUCUGCGAUAUAUUCUGUGUUAAGGUUUGGAAUUAUGGAUCACAUUACUGGCCUGUAUAACACUUGGUACGAUGUAUAUUUUUGUAAAUAAAUCAACAGAUUUUUUAAGUUUUUAA